GCGGGCACCGGCCCACCGGGCGGAGCACCGGGCACCGGGCCAUCAAGCUCGACAGCGGGCACCGAGUCAUCUGGCACGACAGCGGGCACCGAGUCAUCUGGCGCGACAGCGGGCACCGAGUCACCAAGCUCGACAGCGGGCACCGAGUCACCAAGUUCGACAGCGGGCACCGAGUCAUCUGGCACAACAGCAGGCACCAGGUCACCAAGCUCGACAGCGGGCACUGAGUCACCAAGUUCGACAGCGGGCACCGAGUCAUCUGGCACGACAGCGGGCACCGGGUCACCUGGCACGACAGCGGGCACCGAGUCAUCUGGCACGACAGCGGGCACCGGGUCACCAAGCUCGACAGCGGGCACUGAGUCACCAAGUUCGACAGCGGGCACCGAGUCAUCUGGCACGACAGCGGGCACCGGGUCACAUGGCACGACAGCGAGCACCGAGUCAUCUGGCACAACAGCGGGCACCGAGUCACCAAGCUCGACAGUGGGCACCGAGUCGCCUGGCACGACAGCGGGCACCGAGUCACCAGGCACGGCAGUGGGCACAAGGUCAUCUGGCAGGACAGCGGGCACCGGGUCAUCUGGCAGGACAGACAAGACAGCGGGCACCGGGGUGUCAGGCUGGACCGUGGGCAUCAGGCUGGACUGUGGGCACCGGGGCGUCAGGCUAGACCGCGGGCACCGGGGCGUCAGGCUGAACCGCGGGCACCGGUUCAUCCGGCGGGAUCAGCGUACACUGGGUCAUCAGGCAUCCGGGCAUCAGGCUGAACAGCGGGCA